CUGACGUCAGCCCGCGUCGCUAAGCUGCCAACAUGGGUUGCUGCAAGGUGAUGCCAUCCAGUGGAGUGUAACCCGGAUAAGCAACCCGGAUUUAGCUUGCAACACCAUCAAAAGAUAUGGCUGGCAUCUCAAUGUUUUCCGAGUCUUGGUAAAGCUUGUCAACCUCCACCAUGCGGACCUCGAUAUUGGGCCUUUGGGCCUGCACCUGGACCACAGCCCUGACGACGUCGACGAGUGGAUUGUAUAGCUUGAUCGAACGACGUCUGCCCUCGCAUAGCGGCCAAUUCGAGUUCCAUCUGGAGGAAGCCCAUAAUACCUCGGUGGCUCAGAAUAGCAAGUACGCUAUAUCGACAGCCUCCAACGGCUCGGUCAUUAUUUGUGGAGGCAGCCUAAGCGCAUUGAGUGUUGGACUCCGCCAUUACUUAUCAGAUGUGGCCCAUGUUGACAUCUACUGGUUCAUUGGUAAUGAGCUGGACAAGGCUGCAUCGCCUCUGCCUGGAAUCAACGGCACGAUCACAAGGCAGAGUACUGUACCAUGGAGGUACUUCUUCAACACCGUGACAUUCUCUUACACCACGCCCUUCUGGAGCUGGAAAGACUGGGAGCUCGAACUUGACUGGCUCGCCCUGCAUGGUGUUAACUUGCCUCUGGCCUGGGUCGGCUACGAAAAGAUCCUAUUGGAUGUUUUCCAAGAAAUUGGUCUCACGGAUGACGAGAUCCUACCGUUCUUCUCUGGGCCUGCCUUCCAGGCGUGGAACCGCCUUGGUAACAUACAAGGGUCCUGGAGCGGUGAACUGCCAAGAUCAUGGAUCGAUUCACAAUUCGAGUUGCAGAAGCAGAUACUGGAAAGGAUGCUCGAGCUAGGCAUGACACCCAUCCUGCCGGCGUUCACAGGUUUUGGUCCAAGAGCGUUGACCGAUCUAUAUCCCAAUGCAACAAUAGUAAAUGGAAGCCGUUGGGAGGACUUCCCGCCCGAGUACACAAAAACAACGUUCCUCGAGCCCUCAGAUCCUUUGUUUGCAGAUCUACAGAAUCGCGUCAUCUCCAAGCAGGUCGAAUACUACGGCAACAUCACGCAGUUCUACACCCUAGACCAGUACAACGAGAAUGAUCCGUACUCAGGCGACCUAUCCUACCUCCGCAACAUCACUCGCGGGACGUGGCAGUCCCUCAAGGCCGCAAACACCGCAGCAGUAUGGGUCAUGCAAGGCUGGCUGUUCUACUCCAAUGAAAAUUUCUGGACCAAGGAGCGCAUCGAAGCUUAUUUAUCUGGCGUUGAGGAAGACUCUGACAUGCUCAUCCUCGACCUUUUCUCAGAAUCACAGCCGCAAUGGCAGCGCACGAAUUCUUACUACGGCAAGCCGUGGAUAUGGAACGAGCUGCACAACUACGGCGGCAACAUGGGUCUGUAUGGACAAAUUGACAACGUGACGAUAGACCCUAUCGAAGCCCUCGCCAGCUCCUCCUCCCUCGUCGGCUUCGGUCUCACGCCAGAGGGUCAAGAAGGCAACGAGAUCAUUUACUCCCUCCUCCUCGACCAAGCAUGGCAGUCAUCACCCAUCGAUACAAAGCAGUAUUUUCACGACUGGGUCACCACGCGCUACUCGCACUCUUCCAACUGCACCUCCGCCCCCAGCCUCCCAUCCUCCCUCUACACAACUUGGGAGUUGCUUCGAACAAGCGCCUACAACAAUACCAACCUAAAAUCCAACGCCGUACCGAAGAAUAUCUUCGAACUCGCACCUAACAUCACCGGCUUAGUGAAUAGAACAGGACACCACCCCACGACACUGAACUACAACACUUCGGUCGUGUUUGAAGCGUGGAAAUUCUUGCUCUCGGCUGCUGAAGAAAAGGAGGAGCUGUGGGAGCACGCAGCAUACCAGCACGAUCUGGUGGAUAUUACACGACAAGUCUUCGCCAAUGAGUUUCUGUCCGCAUACAACACUCUGAUCAGUACUUGGAACUCUUCCACCCCCUCCGCCAACACGACAUCCACUAUUUCCUCCCUCUCCACCACGCUCCUCGCAAACCUGCAAACUCUUGAUAUACUACUAUUGGCCCUCCCACAAUUUCGUCUCUCAACAUGGCUCGAGUCCGCACGCGCACGCGCCGGCAACAAUACGCAGCUAGCAGAUUUCUACGCCUACACAGCCCUCAACCAGAUCACUCUCUGGGGUCCAGACGGCGAGAUCAAUGACUACGCAUCCAAACAAUGGGGUGGGCUCGUGGGGCCGUACUAUGGGAAGAGGUGGGAAGUGUUUCUGGACUAUUUGGGCACAGUCACGCCGAAGACUUAUAACGCAACAGUCGCGAGGGAUGAUGUGAAGGCGGUGGAGACUGCUUUUCAGUUGACGGGACUGAGGAGCGCACUAGAGACGAACGGGCAAGAGAAGAGUGUAAGGGAAGUUGUGGAGGAAUAUGUGCUGCCUUUUCUGAGGAGCAUAGGGCUACUGUGAUCGUAAUGUUUGCUGUAGUUGAUAUCUACGUGGGCGUUGUCACAUGCCGAAAGACAGCGACUGUGGCUAAUGUAUAGUUGCACCUGGGCAGACAGAUACUGUACACUUGCCAGCAAAAAACCCUCAUGGAGCCCGCAAUGCACCCGCACACGAUGCUACACAUCCCUCGCCACCUGGCAAAGGAAGAAUUCC